CGCGCUUAGUGAUCACAUGGGUAAUUUCGCGCGAAAAGUCAGUCUUCCCGGGAAAAACUAGUCUUCAGUCGAGCUGCUGUUUAAGACGGACGUGAGAACAUGGCGGAUUCCUCCGAGUCGUUUCAGAUGGCCACCAGCCCCACGCGUGGCUCCCGGCGGGGUGACCUGACCUCCAGCCCCGGCAGAGACCUGCCCCCGUUUGAGGACGAAUCCGAGGGGAUCCUGGGAGAAAACAUUCCCAAUGAGGACGACGGAGAUGGAGAGGAGCUGAUCGGAGAUGGGAUGGAGAGAGACUACCGCGCCAUCCCGGAGCUGGACCGGUAUGAAGUGGAAGGUCUGGAUGAGGAUGAAGAUCUCAGUGAACUCUCGCCCGGAGCUCGGGCCGAAGCUGAAGCGGCCAUGAGGCGGCGGGACAGGGAACAGGGCCUCGGCAUGGGCCGCAUCGGGCGCGGACUCCUCUACGACAGUGAAGACGAGGACGACAAGCGGCCCACGAAGAGGCAGCGUGUUCUUGCGGAGAGGGCAGCGGAUGGCGUGGCGCUGGAGGGCGAGGAUGAAGAGAUGAUCGAAAGCAUUGAGAACCUGGAGGACAUGAAGGGCCACACGGUCCGGGAGUGGGUCUCGAUGGCCGCCCCGCGCCUGGAGAUCUACCACCGCUUCAAGAACUUCCUGCGCACGCACGUGGACGAGCACGGACACAACGUGUUCAAAGAGCGCAUCAGCGACAUGUGCAAAGAAAAUAAGGAGAGUUUGCUGGUGAACUAUGAGGAGCUGGCGUCCAGGGAGCACGUGUUGGCGUACUUCCUGCCGGAGGCUCCCGCGGAGAUGCUGAAGAUCUUCGACGAAGCCGCGAAGGAGGUGGUGCUGGCCAUGUACCCCAAAUACGACCGCAUCGCACACGAAAUCCACGUCCGCAUCGGCAACCUGCCGCUGGUGGAGGAGCUGCGAUCGCUCCGGCAGCUCCACCUGAACCAGCUGAUCCGCACCAGUGGGGUCGUGACCUGCUGCACUGGGGUCCUGCCUCAGCUCGGCAUGGUGAAGUACAACUGCAACAAGUGUAACUUCAUCUUGGGCCCGUUCUUCCAGUCCCAGAACCAGGAGGUGAAGCCGGGCUCCUGUCCCGAGUGCCAGUCGCUCGGACCCUUCGAUAUCAACAUGGAGCAGACCGUCUAUCAGAACUACCAGCGAAUCACCAUUCAGGAGAGUCCUGGGAAAGUGGCGGCGGGACGCCUGCCUCGCUCCAAAGACGCCAUCCUGCUGGCCGACCUGGUGGACCACUGCAAACCUGGAGACGAGAUCGAGCUCACAGGAAUCUACCACAACAACUACGACGGCUCCCUCAAUAUGGCUAACGGCUUCCCUGUGUUCGCCACCGUAAUCCUGGCCAAUCACAUCGCUCGUAAGGAUGAGGGCGUGGCCGUGGCGGAGCUCACCGACGAAGACAUCAAAGCCAUCAUGGCUCUGUCCAAAGACGAACGCAUCGGAGAACGGAUUUUCGCAAGUAUUGGUCCUUCCAUCUAUGGGCACGAGGACAUUAAACGCGGCCUGGCGCUCGCUCUGUUCGGCGGCGAAGCCAAAAAUCCAGGCGGGAAGCACAAGGUGCGCGGCGACAUCAACGUCCUCCUGUGUGGAGAUCCAGGCACGGCCAAGUCCCAGUUCCUGAAGUACGUGGAGAAGAUUGCGAGCCGGGCGGUGUUCACUACGGGACAGGGCGCCUCCGCUGUGGGUCUGACGGCUUACGUCCAGCGCCAUCCCGUCACUCGAGAGUGGACGCUCGAGGCGGGAGCGCUGGUGUUGGCGGACCGAGGAGUCUGUCUCAUCGACGAGUUUGAUAAGAUGAACGACCAGGACAGGACCAGCAUCCACGAGGCCAUGGAGCAGCAGAGCAUCUCUAUUUCUAAAGCUGGGAUCGUCACGUCGCUACAGGCUCGCUGCACCAUCAUCGCCGCCUCCAAUCCUAUCGGUGGGCGCUACGACCCGUCUCUCACGUUCUCUGAUAACGUGGACCUGACGGAGCCCAUCAUUUCUCGAUUUGACGUUCUGUGCGUCGUGAGAGACACCGUCGACCCUGUCCAGGAUGAGAUGCUGGCUCGCUUUGUGGUGGGCAGCCACAUCAAGCAUCACCCGAGCAACAAAGAAGGGGGCGUGGCCGGUUUAGAGGAAGUGUUGCUCCCGAACACCUCGGAUGCCCCCCCCAUCCCGCAGGAGCUGCUCAGGAAGUACAUCUUAUACGCCAAAGAGCGCGUGCGGCCCAAACUCAAUCAGAUGGACCAGGACAAGGUGGCCCGGAUCUACAGCGACCUUCGAAGAGAGUCUAUGGCCACAGGAAGUAUCCCGAUCACCGUGCGUCACAUCGAGUCCAUGAUCCGCAUGGCCGAGGCUCACGCGCGCAUGCACCUGCGGGACUACGUGCAGGAGGACGACGUGAACAUGGCCAUCAGGGUCAUGCUGGAGAGCUUCAUCGACACGCAGAAGUUCAGCGUGAUGAGGAGCAUGCGGAAGACGUUCGCACGGUAUCUGGCCUUCAGGCGGGACAACAACGAGCUGUUGCUCUUCAUCUUGAAGCAGCUGGUGUCUGAACAGGUCUCGUAUCAGCGCAACCGUUACGGAGCCCAACAGGACAACAUCGAGAUCGCAGAGAAGGAUCUGGUGGACAAGGCUCGACAGAUUAACAUCCACAACCUGUCUGCGUUUUACGACAGCGACUUGUUCCGCUCGAACAAAUUCUCCCACGACGGCAAGAAGAAGCUCAUCGUCCAGCAGUUCUAGGCAGGAUUUGUUGCAUAGACUUGUAUAUAAUUCCAUCAUGUGGUUAUUGGACCAGACGUUACAUGGAUUUAAUAUUGUUUUUGGUCCAGUCAUGAACUUGUU